GCAACCCAUAUCCAGGACUGGAAGUGAAUGAAGAAUUUUUCAAAAAGAUUAAGAAAGGGUACAGGAUGGAAAAGCCCGAACUGGCUCCAGAUAUAAUAUAUUACUUAAUGAAAGACUGUUGGGCGGAUGAUCCAAAUAUGCGCCCUGACUUUGAUUUCCUUGCUGAAGAAAUGGGAAGCUUAUUAGAAGCAAACGUAAAAAUGUUUUAUGAGGAGAUGAAUGACGCAUAUCAAGCUUUGAAUGAUGAAAGGAAGAAGAAGAAUGAUUAUCUUCGCAUCGCUGGCUCAACAGUUGAAGAUUACACGAACACAUUACAUAGAUGA